CAUUCCUCGCUUCGCCGUUUACUCCCUCCAUGAGAGGGUUGGUACCCAACAGACUCCCUCCCGCGAGCGCGCCCGCGCCGGGUAAGGGCAAAACCGGAAUACUCUCUCUCUCGUUAUAUCUUCCCGCCAUGAUGUCCUUGAAUAGAAGGAGCUUCCUGAGGAAGGCUGUGGUUGUUUGGAGAGGAGGAGAGAGAAAAAUCAGGGAGUUGAUGGAGAGCACGAUGAAAAAGGUCGAAGACGGGGCUUCCGUCUUGGAUAUGGAUGCGAAAUCCACCGUUGGAGGCGGUGUCGCUGAUGCGUACGGUGAAUAUAAUGCCGCGGAGGAUCAGCUCGUCACGCCAUGGACUUACAGUGUUGCAAGUGGGUAUACAUUGCUGAGGGACCCGCACCACAACAAAGGGCUUGCCUUCUCUGAGAAAGAGAGAGAUGCCCACUACUUGCGAGGCCUUCUACCUCCAGUGUGUCUGACGCAAGAGCUUCAGGAAAAGAAACUAAUGCUCAAUCUACGCCAAUACGAAGUUCCGUUGCAAAGGUACAUGGCGCUGGUGGAGCUUCAGGAAAGGAACGAAAGGCUAUACUACAAGCUUCUCAUUGAUAAUGUUGAGGAAUUGCUUCCAGUCGUAUACACACCGACCGUAGGUGAGGCUUGCCAAAAAUACGGGAGCAUUUUCAGGCGUCCGCAGGGUCUUUACAUUAGUUUGAAAGAGAAGGGGAAGAUUCUUGAGGUACUGAAAAACUGGCCUGAAAAGAAUAUCCAAGUUAUUGUUGUCACUGAUGGUGAGCGUAUUUUGGGGCUUGGAGAUCUUGGAGCCCAGGGCAUGGGAAUACCUGUAGGAAAGCUUUCUCUGUAUACAGCUCUUGGUGGGCUUCGUCCUUCGGCUUGCUUGCCUAUAACAAUUGAUGUGGGGACAAACAACAAGAAGUUGUUGAAUGACGAAUUCUACAUUGGGCUUAGGCAUAAGAGGGCAACUGGCCAGGAGUAUGCUGAUCUUCUACAUGAAUUCAUGAACGCUGUUAAGCAGAAUUAUGGGGAGAAAGUCCUCAUACAGUUUGAAGAUUUUGCAAACCACAAUGCCUUUGAUUUGCUUGGAAAAUACCGCACAACUCAUCUUGUAUUCAAUGAUGACAUACAGGGGACGGCUUCAGUGGUCCUUGCAGGGAUAGUUGCAGCACUGAAACUAGCCGGCAGAAACCUGGCCGAGCACACAUUCUUAUUUCUUGGUGCAGGCGAGGCUGGGACUGGUAUAGCCGAACUCAUUGCUCUUGAGAUGUCAAAACAGACUAAAGCUCCAGUUGAAGAGAUGCGCAAGAAGAUUUGGCUUGUGGACUCUAAGGGAUUGAUUGUCAGCUCCCGCAUGGAGUCGCUCCAACACUUCAAGAAACCAUGGGCUCAUGACCAUGAACCCAUUAAGACACUCCUAGAUGCAGUCAAGGCAAUCAAACCUACAGUUUUGAUCGGAUCAUCUGGAGUUGGAAAAACUUUCACACAUGAUGUGGUUGAGGCCAUGGCCUCCUUGAACGAGAAACCAGUUAUUUUUGCUCUCUCAAAUCCUACCUCACAAUCUGAGUGUACAGCUAAAGAAGCUUACAUGUGGACUAAGGGUCGCGCAAUUUUUGCUAGUGGGAGCCCAUUUGAUCCUGUGGAAUAUGAUGGGAAGAUUUUCAUCCCAGGCCAGGCAAACAAUGCAUACAUUUUCCCCGGAUUUGGUCUGGGUAUGGUGAUGUCUGGUGCAAUUCGUGUUCAUGACGACAUGCUUCUGGCAGCCUCGGAAGCUUUGGCUAAACAGGUGACAAAAGAGAACUUUGAUAAAGGUUUGAUCUAUCCACCAUUCUCGAAUAUCAGAAAGAUUUCAGCUAAUAUAGCUGCUAAUGUAGCUGCGAAAGCAUAUGAGCUUGGUUUGGCAACGCAUCUCCCUCGACCGGAGAAUCUGGUAAAGUAUGCGGAGAGCUGCAUGUACAGCCCAGUCUACCGGUACUACCGAUAGUUGGCAGAAAUCUCCUGCAGUUUUGUACCUCUUACAGCUUCCUGCUAAUAUUGCUUUUCAUCUGGGACUGGCAGUUUGUUUCCUUAACAUCAUUAUAAGUGUUUUUAACCCUUUUUUCUUUCUUGGGCAAGCUUAGUUUAAUAAAUCAGCUUUUUUGGUGUAGGUUAGGAAAAUGCGUUAGACUUUGUUGUUGAAGUGAUGUAUCAAUAAGUGUAGGCUCCUCAUCUUCAAGUGGUAUAUGUCAGUAAAUGUAGUCUCCUUAAGAUCUAUGUAAUAAGUUUCACUGUUUGUUUCA